UUUGAUGUUAUAUGGUUGUCGUGGUAUUACGAAGCAAUCAAUAUCGAUCUAACUAUUGCCAUAUUUUUUAGAGAUUAAUUUAGUUUAUUUCUUUAGUGUUAAUAAUGGCAGAGCAACAGAAAGCGCCGACUUAUAUGACUCAACUAUUGGAUGCACUUGGAUGGAAUCAGGGAACAAGAAUUCCUCUCGCAAACCCUGAUAACCAAAUUCUAGAAACCCUCUUAAUCGAUAGACAAAAUGAGAUACAGAGGCUGAAGGAAGCGCUUACGCUUCAAAACCAAAAAACUCGUGAUCUUAACAACUACAAGCAACAUGUUCAUACGGAGUAUCAGGAAAAUACACGUCUGCUAUUUGCUCACAAACAGCAGUUAGAACAAGAGGUGAAGCUCCGCCAAUUGUCCUGCAAUGACGCUGACAGCCUUGACAGAGAUGUUGCUGCAACUAACAAGCAAAACAAGGACCUCACUGAACGCAUUGACAAAUACCAAGGCAACAUAGCGCGUCUUCUCAAGAAAGCGGAUUCUCUAAAGAGCGAAGUUUGCGGCGAGCGAGGGGCACUGCAGGAAUGGCGAGCUCAACUGGAACGGAACUCAGGGGACAUCACGGCUAUUGAACAGUUCACUAAGCAAGAUCUUUCCAAAGCAAAAGCACUGGAAACCAAAAGGCAAAAGCUGAAGGUAGAUCAUGAUCAUAUGCUAGACCGGCUGAAUCAGCUGGUGUCAAAUCUCAGUGCUGAAGAGAGGGCGUGUGAACGAAUAUCUGUUCAGGUUAUGGAAGGUAUGGAGCAAAGGAGACAAAUGAUGGUUAUGUGGACUUCUGCUGUCGAAAAUUUAAGGCAAAGGGACACGGAUAUUAGACACAUCAGAGAGGAUUACGAAGUGCUAGAAGCAGAGGCGAACAACGUGGCCGACAAAUGCCGCGAGCAGCAGAGUUUCUGCGAUCAGCAGGCCAACAACAACGCGGAGGCGGCGCGGGCGAACAUGGGGCUGGCGCAACAGCUCUCCAACCAGAGGCUGGCUUAUCAGCAGCUGUUGGACUUUAACGCAACCCUGCACAGUAGCGCCCAGUGCUCUCAGCGCGAGCUUCACAACAUGCGCAACACGCUCGAGAAGCUGCACAUGGAGAACCGACGCAUCAUGGACCAGCAACACCGCAAGGACGUCGCCCUCAAGGAGAUUGUCAACAAGCUUAAAGAGCUUAAAGCCAAACUGGGUGAAUCAAUGGACAAGACCAAGACUUCGGAACAACGUGCCAAGGAACUGGAAAACAUUUUGCAGGAGGAAGAGCGGUACGCCAGUAACCUGACGCUGAACCAGCAACGCGCGAUGCAUUGCUCCUUCGUCGAGCAGCAGAAGCUCCUGGCGCUCAAGAAUGAGGAGAAGCUCUUCAAUAUGCAACUUAAAGCUUCAAAAGCGAUCGUCAGCAAAUUGGAAAAGAAGCAAGCGGAAGUCCUCAAAAAUCUCCAGAGUGUCAAGGAGUCCCUUUACAAUAUCUGUUACCAAGUGGAGACGACGGGCUCACAAGUGUCACACAUGGAGGGCGCUCAGUCAGAACGAGAGGUGUCGGCCGAGCUACUGGCCCGUGAGAACAGGCUGUUGGAGGUGCGCGCGCGGCACGCGGCCCGCGCGGCGCUCCUGGAGCGGCACUCGGCCAAACUGCAGGACGACAUGCGCCGCCUCGCGCGCGAGCUCGAGACCUUCGUCACCACGCACAUGGCGCUGCAAAGCCGUCUGCGCCAGUCAAUGUUGAACGUGGAAGGCAGCGAGAAGGACUUGCGCGCGUCGCGCGGCGAGUGGCGCCGCGCACGCGUCGAAGAAGCUCUGACGCGGCUGCGCGUCGCGCACGCAUCCCGCGCGCUCACCUGCCUCGACGACCGCGCGUACAACGCGGACACGCAGCGGCUGCGGCUCGAUGCGGCGAUGAACGAGCGUUUGGUGGAAAUCGAAGCGCGCCGCCAGAUGUUCAGCGUGCAAGUUCGCGCGCUCACCGAAGAUUGCGGCAAGCUGCGCGGCGAGAUUAAAGAGCGCGAGAACCGCAUCGACCAGCUCAAGAAGAGAUAUGACAUCUUUAUUGCUUCACUGGGCAAGGAUGAGUCUGGGCAGCAGUUGUCUGUGACCUUCUUCAAAAUAAAAUUCGCAGCGGAGCGAGCGGAGCUGCGCGAGCGCGGCGCGGCAUUAGACGUGGACAUCGGGCGGCAGGAGCGAGACAUCUCCGCGCUGGAGGCCACGCUGCGCGUCGUGCACGCCGCGCACACGCACUUCCUGCACCACAUCUCGCCGCUCGCGCAGGACACACCCGAAAUCCAGGAGCUAGAGGAGCUCAUGAAGAAGUACUAUGAAAUACGCGACGAGCUCAAAGACCUGUACAACGCGAUCGCUUCCAUGGAGGCGCGCGUGCAGGACGCGAGCGCUCGCGCCACCGCGCUGCAUGACAAGUGCAAGCAGCUGGAACAGCGGCAGGCCGACUGUGAGAAUGAAUUGGACAACUUGAAGGAUAGAAUCGCGAAGCACGAGGGCCGUCUACAGAACGCGCUGGAAGUAGUCAAGAAUAACGCUAAACGUGCGAAGAAGAUCUUUGAUAAUAUCGACGACUGGCGCAUAUUCCAGCUAGCCCUCUGGAUCCGCGACUACUCGGAGGCGGCGAGCGGCGCGCUGGAGGCGUUGGCGCAGUCGUGCGCGGACACGGCGGCCGUGUACUCGCACUUCGCCGCGCUCGUGGCCGCCGCGGACCUGCAGCGCCUCGUGACGCGCCACCAGCGGCGCCUGAAGCACCUCGUGGAACGGUUGCAUGCAGAUGCGCAUAUUGGAAUGCCUGCUGAGGAAGACGAGUCCGUGUUUUCCUCGUCGAAUUCAUCAAACCGCAGCGGGAUGAGUGUCACGAGCGACACCACCAAGCGGCUGUCCGCGUUCCGCAAGACCCUCGCCACCAAGGUUCAUGAGCCUACUCUAGUCGAAGACCUUCCGAUAUCAGCGUUACGGUCAUCGGUGUCUCUUCGCGUGGUCACGCUGGGCCUGGAGCGGCCCUCGGUGUCGGCCGCCACAUCAGCCUCAGCCGCCAAAUUUGGGAGGAUGUCACGAUAAAUUGCAUCGCUUUUUUACUUUGGAUAUUUAUUUAUUUAACCAAAUAAACACCGGGUGCAUUAC